CCAUGGACGACUUGUUCAACGUCUUCGACGGCCCCGGCCCCGUCGAGUUGGAGCCCGCGAAGAAGAGCAAAAAGCGCCAGGCGAACGGCGACGUCAAACAACCCUCCCCCGAGGAUGAGAUUCUGGCGGAUGCGCCAGACGCGCCAGGGGACAGCAACGGGAACGGGCAUCCGCAAAUACAAAAACGACAGAAGCUAGAAGCCGAGCCAGUAGUGACAGACGCCUUCGAAACCGAGCAGUCGAGGGAAAUCGCCGCAUCCGCAGGACUCCAGGCCCAGAAAGAUGGCGCUGCUGUGGUUGUUUCUCAUCAAGUGAGACAUCAGGUUGCGCUACCUCCAGACUACGACUACGUGCCCAUUUCGGCGCAUAAACCGCCAGAGAAGCCAGCGAGGACAUGGCCUUUCACUCUGGAUCCGUUUCAGCAGGUCUCAAUCUCCUCGAUUGAGAGGAACGAGAGCGUUCUCGUCUCCGCGCAUACUAGUGCUGGCAAAACGGUUGUCGCAGAAUACGCUAUAGCGCAGUGCUUGAAGAACAAUCAGAGGGUCAUUUACACAAGUCCCAUCAAAGCAUUGAGCAACCAAAAGUACCGAGAAUUUACGGCCGAGUUUGGAGACGUUGGAUUGAUGACAGGGGACGUAACCAUCAACCCGACGGCAACAUGUCUAGUUAUGACCACAGAGAUUCUUCGCUCCAUGCUGUAUAGAGGAUCUGAAAUUAUGCGCGAGGUUGCCUGGGUAAUAUUUGACGAGGUUCACUAUCUUCGCGAAAAAAUUCGUGGAGUUGUGUGGGAAGAGACCAUCAUCUUGCUCCCCGAUAAAGUCCGCUACGUCUUUCUUUCCGCUACGAUACCCAACGCCAUGCAAUUUGCCGAAUGGAUCACCAAAACUCACAGCCAACCGUGUCACGUUGUCUAUACCGAUUUUAGACCCACGCCUCUACAACACUACUUCUUUCCAGCAGGCGCAGAUGGAAUACACUUGGUCGUGGACGAGAAGGGCACGUUCCGGGAGGCAAAUUUCCAACAGGCUAUGUCGUCAAUCGCAGCUAAGCAAGGCGACGAUCCCGCAGGCGCGAUGGCGAAGAGGAAGGGCAAGGGGAAGGAUAAGAAGCUAAAUAAAGGUGGAACAAAAGGCCCCUCGGACAUCUACAAGAUCAUCAAGAUGAUCAUGAAGAAGAACUACAAUCCCGUAAUUGUAUUCAGCUUCAGUAAGAGAGAAUGUGAGGCCCUGGCGAUCCAGCUCGCGCAACUGGCAUUCAAUGAUGAUACAGAGAAGGAAAUGGUUGCGAAGGUGUUCAACAGCGCCAUUGAUUCACUCUCGGAGGAAGACAAGACCUUGCCACAGAUUCAGCACAUGCUCCCCUUGCUGCGACGAGGUAUUGGGGUUCACCACUCCGGGUUGCUACCAAUAUUGAAAGAAACCAUCGAAAUCCUUUUCCAGGAGGGUUUAAUCAAGGUUCUAUUUGCUACGGAAACUUUCUCGAUCGGUCUGAACAUGCCAGCUAAGACCGUGGUGUUCACCGAUGUACGCAAGUUCGAUGGUAAGGAACAGCGCUGGGUUACUCCCUCGGAAUUCAUUCAAAUGUCCGGGCGUGCAGGCCGAAGAGGUCUGGACGAUAGAGGUAUCGUCAUAAUGAUGAUCAACGAGAAGAUGGAUCCUGCUGUUGCGAAGGAGAUCGUUCGAGGAGAGCAAGACAACCUCAACUCUGCGUUCCACUUGGGUUACAACAUGAUCUUGAACCUCAUGAGAGUCGAAGGGAUCUCCCCAGAGUUUAUGCUCGAACGAUGUUUCAUGCAAUUUCAGAAUACUGCUAGUGUUGCUGGGUUGGAGAGAGACCUUCAAGAACUCGAGAUCCAAAAAGCCAACAUGGAGAUCCCAGACGAGGCUGCCAUUAAGGAUUACUACACCUUACGACAGCAACUGAACACGUAUACCCAAAACAUGCGUGAUGUCGUCAACCAUCCAAACUACUGCCUGCAAUUUCUGCAGGCCGGCCGUCUCGUACGAAUAAAGGAGAAGGAUGUGGAUUUCGGAUGGGGCGCUGUGGUUCAGUUCUUGCCACGAAAACUUGGCAAGAAGGACGAGGAUAAAGAGCUCACUCCCCAACAACAGUACAUACUGGACGUGCUGCUGCUAGUUGCCGAUGACACCAACUUUGCUCCGCACUUUUUAGAUGACCUUCCGCCUGGCAUUCGUCCGCCUGCUCCGGGCACCAAAGGAAAAUUGGAGGUCGUCCCAGUGGUCUUGUCCUGCAUUGAGUCGAUCGGCCACAUAAGACUGUUCUUGCCCAAAGAUCUGAGAAACUCGGAACAGAGGAACUCGGUGCGAAAGUCUUUGGAGGAGGUCAAGAAGAGAUUUCCAGAUGGUAUUGCUAUCUUAGAUCCCAUCGAGAACAUGGGCAUAACGGAUGAUUCGUUCAAGAAGCUUCUCAGGAAAAUCGAAGUACUCGAAUCCAGGCUUCUUUCCAACCCGCUUUACAACUCACCAAGGCUCACGGAGCUCUACCAGCAGUACAAAGACAAAGUAACACUCUCGGACAGGAUCAAGGACCAGAAAAAGGGGAUCACCAAGGCGCUGUCGAUCAUGCAGCUUGAAGAGCUCAAGUGUCGGACGCGCGUGCUUCGUCGGCUUGGCUUCAUCAACGAGACCGAUGUUGUACAAUUAAAGGCACGAGUGGCUUGUGAGAUAAGCACUGGUGACACACUCGUACUCAGCGAGCUGCUGUUUAACCGGUUCUUCAACGAACUCACCCCUCAGCAGUGUGCAGCCGUCCUGAGCGUUUUCAUCUUUGAGGAAAAAUCGAAAGAGAGCCCAGCACUUAGAGAAGAGCUAGCAAAGCCGUUCAGAGAGAUCCAAGCAGAAGCUAGGCGGGUUGCUAAAGUCUCGCAAGAGAGCAAGGUCGAACUUGUUGAAAAGGAGUAUCUUGAUAGUUUCAAGCCUGAGCUCAUGGAGGUCGUUUUUGCUUGGUCGAAAGGGGCCUCGUUCUUGGAGAUCUGCAAAUUGACGGACGUCUACGAAGGAAACCUGAUCCGGCUGUUCAGACGGCUGGAAGAGCUUCUGCAGCAGAUGGGCCAAGCUGCGAAGGUCAUGGGUAGCGAGGAGCUCGAGCAGAAGUUUGUGGACUCAUUAGGAAUGGUGAAGAGGGAUCUUGUGGCGGCGCAGUCCCUCUACUUGUGAGCAGCAUUCAGCUCAUGGGGCUAAUGGAGUAUGGCUUCUCUUAGUAUAUCGUACCGUGAUGGCACUGUUGCUCUUGGAGGUAGUACCACUGAAGGCGUUGGCUCUUCGGGUAUAUUUCCGACUCGAGCAUGGCCCAUCACAGAGAUUGGUAGGGCGGCCUGUUGCAUGAUGCCUGCUGGAAUGCACUGGAUUGUACAAUAUUAGCUGCUUUACGAAAUCAAAAUAGCAUUCACCGUCGUGAGCGCU